AUGUGUGAACUAUUAAACCAGAAUGCACAACGACUCAAAAUUGAUGCUCUCCUUGGGUCCUUCAACAACCAGUGUCUCCUCACAUUCUUGGGAGAGCUACAGGACAUCCUGAUUGACCAUGAGCAGCAGAAUCUGGUUCCAGCACAGCCUCCUCCUAUCUAUGUCAUCAUCUGGGACAACAUUGGCUUUCACCGCACCAACCAGAUUAGAGAGUGGUUCAAUAUACACCAACAAUUCCUCAAUGUAUGUCUGCCACCCUACACACCUUUCCUCAACCCCAUAGAGGAGUUCAUCUCAUCAUGGCGGUGGAAGGUGUAUGACCGGGAACCAUAUAGUGGAGAGAACCUCUUCAGGGCCAUAGACUUGGCCUGUGAUGAUGUGGGGGAUUACUCAGACCGGGUCCGGCAUGCCAGAACUUUUUUCCCCCGCUGCCUGGCGAGGGAAAACAUAGCCUGCAAUGUGGACGAGAGGUAUGGUACGAGCGGCCCGGAGGAAGCUGCCGAGAACCUGGCACAAGCGGCCCGGUGGACGCCGCCAAGAACCUGGCACGAGCUGCCCGGAGGACGCCGCCGAGAACCUGGCACGAGCGGCCGGGAGGACGCCGCCGAGAACCUGGCACGGCUCCGUGCUGAUGCAUCAAGCUACACCGGCACCAGCAAGUCUGUCAACAGUAGCAAGUCUCUCUGCGGUGGUUGGCUGGCACAGAAGUGGGAGAGCCUCAACUUUCACAUGACGAGACGGACUCAGCUCUUUUUAAAACUUGAUGAUUUCUUCUGGCAAGAACAUAGGUCAACAUUGGUGUUACCUUACGGCACCAGAGGAAGUGAACAGCAGUUGCUCCAAGUUCUUGCAGUGACAGCAAAUUAUCAGAUGCCGGCCUCUAUAGAUAACCUUAAAUGCAGAACCUGUGUUGUCAUAGGCAACAGCUUUGCCAUCAAAAAUACAUCCUUAGGAGGCAUCAUUAACACAUAUGAUGUGGUUAUUCGAUUGAACGAUGCGCCAGUGAGGGGAUACGAGGAUGACGUUGGGAACAGGACAACCAUGAGGUUCUUCUACCCUGAGUCAGCCUCGUACAAUCCAGGCCUGAACAACGAGCCUGGCACACUAAUGGUCUUUGUGCCUUUUAAGAAUCAAGACCUAACCUGGCUCAAAGUGAUCCUCUACAAUGAAAAGAGGGUCAUGAAAGGCUUUUGGAAGCCCCCACCCCAAAUCUGGUUGGGUGAUUUCAGACAAAUCCGGGUGCUGGACCCGCACUUUUUGCACCAGACAGCAGAAAAGCUUCUCCGAAUCCCCAUAAAGUCCAAGUCCAAACAAAAUCAGGUACAUCCCACUACAGGAAUCCUUGCUGUUUUUGUGGCCCUCAACUACUGCGAUGUGGUCCACUUGGCUGGUUUUGGGUAUCCAAACUCCAAUAACAUCAAGAGCCCUAUACAUUACUAUAGCAACGAUACUAUGAAAUCAAUGAAGAACUCUUACCAUGACCUCAAUCAUGAAGCUGAAACCUUAAAAGGACUGGAGGAAUCGGGUGCCAUCUUCUACCUGCACCCACAUUCAUGA